UGUAUAUAUAUACUUAGUAUACAUACACUCGUAUUCCCCGGACCACACCCCCGCGCGCCCUUUGUCGAGCCAUCAUUCAUUAAUUCCCUCUUGCAUAUCAUUACUUGGUAUAAGUAAUAGAUUGCUACCCGCCGUCUCGGCUUCCAUCUCAUCAUCUCAACCACUUCUCUCCCCGGCUUUCGCUGCUCUGCCACCCACCGGAUCGGAUCGGAUCGCUACCCACUCCACUUCCCCAUGCUGCAGUAGCCGCGCUUGCAUACCUCAUACCUCACACCUCACACGACAACACCACCUCCACCUCCGCCUCCACCACCAUGUGGGCGCAAACCCUCCAGCGCCUCCCUUGGCAGCUGGCAUGCGCCCUCUUCGCCAUGGUCGCCGCCGCCGACAUCCAGCCUUCAAACUCCUCAGUGCCCGGUGUUCGGAAAGCAGACCUGGACUAUGGCACCGGCAACGACACCUUCCUCAUACCCUGGACAGAAGCCUCGGGUCGCACUGCUGACAUUGAGCUGUUCCUCACCACCGAUACCAAUUACCAGAACCUGGCAAACGGCCAAACCGCCUUCCUCAGCUGCGACCAAUAUGCCGGCAAUCUUCAGGCCGCAGACAUUGUGGAAAACAUUUACAACUCCCGCAAUUCCAGCGGUGUGAUCCUGUAUAGCGCCUUCAGCAGCUGGUGCAACUUUACCACCACCCCACCCCACCCGGAUUUUCCCUUGUAUUCGUCCACGACACAAGCCAUGUCGCAGGCACUCCUCGUCGCCCUGCGCGGCCAGCCCGAUGGUCUUUUGGCUGCAAAAGUGCAGAUGCUUUCGCCGAAUGGUCAGCCCAGCGGCCCAGACGAUGGCGGUAGGAACCAGAACCCUCUAGGACCUAGUCCUUCCACGGCAGUCGCUAUGAUUAUUCUCUACAGCAUCACUGGUAUCAUAACCGCUCUCUUCUUGAUCAUCAUCAUUACCGGUGCCGUGCGAGCCCACAGACACCCCGAGCGUUAUGGACCGAGAGACGUGCUGGGCCGUCCUCGCCAGUCUAGAGCAAGAGGGUUAGGAAGGGCCAUUCUGGAUACGCUGCCGAUUGUCAAGUUUGGCGAAAAGGAACAGCCCAAACCGGCCGACGUGGAGCUGGGUUCCACAUCCGAAGCACGAGGGGUGGACGGCGCUACGUCUGCUGAGACGACCGCUCCCGCGGAUCCCGGUGUUCCCACUACCACGACAGGAAUCCCGGCGACCACAUCCACCGAUGCCACGAAUGCCCAACAACAUCAAACCACCGAAGAAGGUAUCGCACCUGCUCAACCUGUGGUUGCUGGGUCAGCUUCUACGGGAGAUGGUGCAUCGCCGGACGAAGGGCUGGGAUGUUCCAUCUGCACCGACGAUUUCGAGAAGGGGCAGGACCUGCGCGUUUUACCCUGCAACCACAAGUUCCACCCGGAAUGCGUGGAUCCCUGGCUCCUAAACGUCUCUGGCACUUGUCCACUAUGUCGUGUGGAUCUCCGCCCCGUAACGUCAAACACCUCCGAAGACGAGGACCAAGAUCCUGAUCACCUCGCUCCACCUCUAGCCUCCGACGCCGACCCUGCACACCGUCGUCGCUCAGGUCUUCACGCCCUGCUCUCCUUCCGCACUCGUCCAUCUGCCUCCCCUGAGGAACGCAUCUCCGCCCUCCGUCGCCUUCGCGAACAGCGAAGGAACCUCUCCAACGAGGGUGUAGCAAGCGGUAGCGGCCAAGCAAAUACGAGCGCCGAAGAUGUAUCUGCGAAUCGUAGAAGCAAGAGGAUGAGUGCGCGUCUUUCGGACGUGUUUGGAGGCGGGAGACGACGCAAUGGCCGUGAAGCCAGCCCUCCUGCUCCGGAAGCGUCCGAGUCGACGACUGGAGGUGCGGCGGAAUCGAGUUCGCAGCAGCAAGGGUCAUUGCCACCACAUUCUGGCCCUGAAGCGCGUGAGCAGCAGCAAUAG